CCCAUAACAGACGACCGUCUGCAGAAACAGCUUGUUUCAGAUGAGAUCCUGACUGCGUCGGACAAGUCACUGAUUCACCCUCCAGAGUGGACGUGCGCUACUUGGUGGAUAGUUGGACACUGAGCAAUGGUUCAAGGUGUUUCUGAGAUCGCCGCGAUGUGCGUCGGCCUGAUCGGGCUGAUCGGGGCGGCCGCCGCUACCGGGAUGCCCAUGUGGAAGGUGACGGCGUUCAUCGGGGAGAACAUCAUCGUGAUGGAGACGCGCUGGGAGGGCCUGUGGAUGAACUGCUUCAGACAAGCCAACAUCAGGAUGCAGUGCAAGGUGUACGACUCCCUGCUGUUCCUGCCGCCGGAGCUGCAGGCCGCCCGGGGCCUCAUGUGCUGCUCUCUGGCCUUGUCGGGGCUCGGGCUGCUCGUGGGUAUGGCCGGGAUGCGAUGCACUUCCUGUUUUCAGGGCAACGAGCGGGCUAAGACCAUCAUCCUCAUGGUGGCGGGCGGGAUGCAGUUCAUGGCUUCCUUUUCUGUCUUCAUCCCCGUGUCGUGGACGGGUCAUGCGAUCAUUAGGGAUUUUUACAAUCCCUUGCUGAUUGAUGCCCAGAGGAGGGAGCUGGGCGAGGCGCUCUACAUCGGCUGGGUGACUGGAGCCUUUCUUUUCGCCUCUGGCCUGCUGUUUGUUUGCCGGCGGAUGCCUUCGGACAAAGGCUCGUUCGACGUUUACCAACCACCUCAGCUACUCGGCUACAAGCCGACGCCCGCUAAACCAACGCUGAUGCGGUACCAUCCUCUGUCUACGGUUUCCAGCCUCCACAACUCUGCUCAGACUUACAUGGGACAACAACUCCCAGUGCCGCUGCAAGGCGUCCCUCAAGCAAUGACGAACGACGGAGUGCUGCUCUACAACCCCGGCCCUCCUGAAAACGCCUCGCUGUUGUACCAACACAGCCACCGUCCUUCAGUGCAGAGCUCCCAUCACGGAGGAAGCAUGUACACUCCAGGGAACUCGCUGUACAUCAGCCCGACCACCACACCCUUUUCUCUGACUUACACAGGCAAUCCGUCUGCAUCCUACCAGUCCAGCUUCCACCCGGUUCCACACACUCCCAUUUUUAUAGGAUAUAAGGAAUCGAGAGCAGAACCAGAGGCUCACAGCGGGAUCAGGCCUGGUGUAUACAUAUAAAGACAACCUGGAGAUUGAGGAGAAAACUGUGAAAUGAAAAGGCUUCUGCUAAUAUUCGGAUUAUUUUGAUACUCGGUAUGAAUAACGUUGCUUGUUUUUACUUUCAGAUUUUCUAUUUACAUUCUGUAAAAUCAUUUAAAUGACAUGUGAACAGCCUGUAUAUGACUGGGAGACGAAUCAUUACCCUGAAUGACUUUCCCUGAAUACCAAUUUGUGGAAAAUUAUGUUUUUGACACAUCAGAGCCCGAUGUUGAGCAACUCUGGAACAUCUGUUCAUCAGUUCUUCAUGGUUUUAUGUGACAGGGUUUUCUUUUGUUUCUUUUUUGGGGUAUUUUACUAUUGUUGACUAUUAAACUAUAUUAACCACCAGUCCAGUAUAAUCAACUAACUUCUUAAAUCCCUACUAUUUAAGUUAAUUUGUGGUAAUAAUAAAAUUUUGUGGACUUAUCUGUUGAAGAGCUCUUAAAAGUUAAGACAGACUCAUAGAUCUUGAAAACGACGUGGAAACACGUUGUGAAAGUCCACACACACUUGUUCUCAUGUUGACUGCAGGACCCAGAAAAAAUAACAGGCAAAUUUUGUGAACUUUGAUCAUUAUCGAGUGAUUUGCAUGAGAAAAACAACUUUCUGUGUUGCUUUUGACAUUAACCAGAACAAACUCCUGAUGCUUUCAUUUUGCACCACUAGAUGGCCCCAGAGGACACGAUGAGUCUGCUGAAAUGUGGACAGCUUGUGAAACAGUUCCUGCUGUCACAGCAGGUGUUGGAAGAAUAAUUUCCUCUUUCCAUUGAGUUUUAUGAGCUGUCAGAUUCACCAGAUAAAUGUUUAAUAUAACACUAAACUUCAAAUAAAAGGAAUAAUUUGAAAACAUGACCACCUGGUUAAUGCUCCAGGCCAUUUAGAAUUAUUAUGAACAAGCUGGAGAGACUGAAAUCUUCAAUUCUCCCACCUGGAGUUUCAGAAAUAUGAGGUUAGGAGAAAGUAAACUGCACAAAAUGUUUAAAUUAAUGAAAGGACACAGAGGAACAAAAAGCAACCUUUCAGAAAACACCCGAUUUCUUUUCCUUGGUUCGGAGCAUCAGUACUUCCGUCCCAGGUCUCUCUGUUUCAAGGUAUAAAGCAAAGUGGGUUUAAGGUAACGUGAACACAUUUUUAUUUAACCACAAGACUGUGUCAGAUGAAUGGUCUGAGGUAGUUAAUCUUCAAGGGAGCAUCACCAACCAGUUUGAAGAUUAGAUUUGCGUUUCCAUCAGGACUGGAGCAAAGAUUUAAUCAUUCCUCGGUGUACCAAAGCAAAGACGUUGUCGAGGUCGAAUGUUGCCAGAUUUGAAGUUAAUCUUCAGGACGUAUCCAUGUUUGCGGAUCAGCGGCUUGGCUGUGCCCUCAAUUGAGCGCCUGUACGGGAGGGACGCUCAGCCGACGUCAAGCCAGCAGAGGACGCUGCAGCUGAUGCAGGAUAUGAGGAGGGGUGGAUUUCAGUAUAAGAGGAAUCAUGCUGGAGCAGCAGGGGAUGAUUUCAGAUCCAUUUGCAGCUUAGAUUGACACCAGGAAUUCCAAUAAGCAAGAAGCAUGUAUCAUGGGAUCGCAUGUGUCACAUUUAAGGCACUUGCUGUUCAUUGUUUUUAAGAAAAACUGCAAGUUUUGGCUGAAAUUUCUCAGGAAACCUGUUUUUUCCACUGCUGUCGUUUCCAACGUCCCGCCUCUUAUUCUGAAGGGCGACAGAGGAAGUUGUGAGAUGUGCUUGCUCACCUGACAGCAGGACUCCAGAGCUGGUCCUCCUCCUCCUCCUCAGCUGCAGCCUCCAAUUCAAGUGUGCACCGGGA